AUGAACAACUCCUUUGGAUAUGCUUAUAUCCAAUCCUAUGGACAUCACUCGGCAGUUCGUGGUCCCGGCCGCCAUGAUACAAUUGAGAUUACAAAAGCUGGAGCACAGAGGGUGUGCGCGAGGAAGAAAGCUUUUAACUCUGCUGCCAAGUCCUGCAAACGGGUGCUUCGAAAGGCUAGAUUCGACCACGUCAGUCGUAUAGGGGCCAAGCUCGCCUCCUACCCUCCCGGUAGUAAGCGGUUCUGGUUCCUGUCGAAAGCGGUCGAAUCCAACUUCUGCCGUCCCACACUGCCACCUCUGCAGAAACCGGAUGGUACGCUGGCCCACUCCGCGGCGGAGAAAGCAAACUUGUUUGCUUCUCUGUUUGCGAGCAAUUCACGUCUAGAUGCAGGCUCAAAACUCCCACCUACGCUACCUCAGUGCAGCUCCUCUAUGCAAGGAAUUGCUAUCCGGCAAAAUGAGGUACGCCGAGCUCUGCAGACUCUUGACGUGAAUAAGGCUAAUGGUCCAGACGGUAUACCUGCACGUGUUCUAAAACAGUGUGCGCCUGAGUUGUCUCCUGUACUGACACGCCUGUACCGCCUCUCUCUCCAAACAAGAGUGGUGCCGAAAUCCUGGAAGCUUGCAAAUGUGCAGCCAGUACCCAAGAAGGGUAGUCGUGCUGAUCCCUGCAAUUACCGACCAAUCGCCAUUACCUCCAUGCUGUGUAAAGUCAUGGAAAGGGUACUUAACGGCAAGUUGCUGACUUACCUCGAGACAAACGAUCUGCUCAGUGACCGUCAAUAUGGCUUUCGCCGGGGUCGGUCUACUGGAGAUCUCCUAGCGUAUGUCACGCACCGCUGUGGCGAAGCCAUCGAGAGGAACGGUGAAGCGCUUGCUGUUUCACUGGACAUCUCGAAGGCCUUUGACAGGGUUUGGCACGCAAGUCUCCUUAGCAAGCUUCCUGCAUACGGCAUCCCUGCUGACCUUUGUAGUUGGCUAUCUGACUUCCUGAGUGAACGGUCGAUCAGAGUGGUCAUUGAUGGCUGCUCUUCGGACCUCAUGGCCAUUGACGCCGGUGUUCCUCAGGGGUCUGUUCUCUCCGCAACCCUUUUCCUGCUUCACAUUAACGACAUGCUGCAACCCAGCAUUGUCGGCUAUGCAGACGACAGUACGGUUGUUGAGAGAUAUUUAGCUAGUGCAGGGGACAGCAGGGACGACAUACAUUCACAGAGAGAGGCCAUGGUUGAGCGAGCGAACUUGACCCUUAGUCGCGUUUCCCAGUGGGGGGACGACAAUCUGGUCAAGUUCAAUGCCACCAAAACGCAGGCGUGUCUGUUUUCGGCAAAACGGAGUCCGUUCGAUCUGACUCCUACUUUCCGGGGUGCAUCUGUACCUAUUACCGGCAGCCUAGAACUCCUCGGUGUGGAGUUGAGUUCUGUCCUCAACUUUGGCACCUUCAUUGAGUCUAAAGCACAAACUGCGGCCAGAAAGCUGGGCAUCCUAAAUAAGGUGAAGCGAUACUUCACACCUGGACAGCUUCUAAAACUCUAUAAAGCUCAAGUCCGAUCCUGUAUGGAGUAUUGCAGCCACCUGUGGGACGGCUCAGCCAAAUACCAACUCGCUGCUUUGGACUCAGUGGAGCGCAGAGCCAGGAGGAUGAUUCCUUUGCCAGAUACAGAAUAUGAUCGUCUUCCACCACUGUUCCACCUGGAUGAGUUCGACCCGUGCCUGCGCGGUCCGGGAGACCGCUACUGCUAUGUCAAUGCCAGGCUUACUGCUAACGGCAGCAAUGAACUUCUAAAUAUCAUACAAGAAUAUUCAACAAACCACUUCACACAUUACAACCACAGUCUACUGCAAUGGGGAAUCUGCGUGACGAAGACAUGUCGGCAACACCUCGCCAACAACACAGUUCAUGAGGCCCUUGAAGCUUGCCUCAACUCUUCACUGGAGAAAACCCACCACCUGCAAGCACGAAUAGUGGAAGAUGAAGUCUACUGUACGGAGUUUGGGGAAACCAACUUUAUAGACACAGGGGACAUCAUUGUAGCUAUAGUUUUUAUUGCCACCCUGGCUUUAAACCUUCUUGGAAGCUUUAACGAUUUUGGUUUCGUCCCGCAAAAAUGUUUAAUCAGCAGAGUCUUGGUGUGUUUCUCUGGGAAACGUAACUGGGAGCGUUUGACGGCACCACCAGGGGAAGGUCCAGAGCCGCGGCUGCAACGGCUCAAGAUGUUUAAUGGAGUAAAAACAUUAACGACUUUCCUAGUCGUGUAUGGGCACUCUCCACUCGUGGCGCUGACUGCAGUAAACAACACUCAUUUCGUAGAGUUGAACUACUACAACCCGAUUUCUCUCAUAGUCUUCAACGGGAGUAUAAUAGUGCAGAGUUUCUUGGUGAUAUCGGGAUUCUUGCUGGCCUUCAAUCUGUUGCUUCUAGAAGAUAAAGUUAAACUGACAUGGAGCAAGCUACCGAUGUUUACCAUGCUGAGGUGGAUGAGACUGACUCCACCAUAUGCUGCGGUAUUAGCUGUAGUGGCCACUUGGAUGAGGCGUUUUGGAAAUGGCCCCAUGUGGAAGUCGACAGUGGGCGUAGAAGCGGAUGCUUGCCGUCAGGAAUGGUACUACCACUUACUGUACGUUAACGACUAUGUGGUACCUUCUAAGUGCAUGGAGCACACAUGGUAUUUAGCCGUGGACAUGAAGCUAACGAUUCUCGGUCUCCUGAUAUUCUGCUUACCAAGUUGGCGUGCUCGGAAGGUCGCCAUCAGCGUCGCGUUCAUUAUUGGCGUGUUUACGCAAGUGGCGCAUAUCUACUUCCAGAACUUGAACGCCACCGUGUUGAUCUCACCAGAAGAUGUUCGGCACUAUAUCGUAGACGACCCAACCUUCAACUACUUGUACAAGCGGACACACACCAACAUCGUUUGCUAUGUCAUGGGCCUGGCACUGGGCAUGUGGAUCUACCAUUUGAUGGACACCAAAUUUGACGUCACCAAGUACAAAAAAUAUCGCUUCAUCUACUGGUCCACGAUUCCAGCACUUCUUCUCAUCGUCAUCUGCGGUGGCGUUUUCUACAUCGACGGCAUCCAGGUCCCGAUGGUUGUGCGACUUUUGUACUCGCCUAUUGUCAAGAUCUUGUUUGGGAUGCUUUUCUUCAUAUUUACCACAGGGACUGUGUUUAAAUUGGAAAAGGUGUACCGCGGAAUACUAGAAUGGCGCGGCUGGGCAGUGCUCGGACGAUUGUCUUACUGCGCGUACCUGGUCCAUCUGUCCAUCUUACGCUACUCUGUGGCCAACCAGACUUCCUUGAUGCAAUCCAGUGCCUCUCAAAUGCUUCUAACUUACUUCGGGCAGCUGGUUAUCACCUUCAUCUUAGCGUUACCCUGCUGGAUAAUGAUCGAAGCUCCCUUCAACCAGCUGGUGAAGGUCUGCUUCUAUCCCAAGCCCAGGAAACCGAAGAUCAAGGAGAUGGAAAAGAUGCAGUUUGAGAACGGGCAAAGGAAUGAAAUGGCUUGAUUUGUUUGGAAAAGGAUUUGGAAAUUGUGUAAAGUCCAUAGAGGAAUCAGUACCUAAGGGAAUAGUUGUAAGUCUAUACAUCAGUAAAUGCGGGUUAUAUGUAUAGGCAUAGUUAAGUGACAUAUAGCGACAAUGACACGUCAAUCACGCCUCAACUAAACUAAAAUCCAUAAUCCUACGGACCAAAUUGACAAGUAAGUGUGAACAAAUGUUGCCACAGUUUGGCCAGUGUCGUUCUUAUCGAUAUUAAAAUUAUUAUUACACCGUAGCUUUAAGGUGCACCCAGACGGUACAAUCAAAUUGGCAAUUUGAUAUUUUAAUCAAUAUACCAACUUUUUUUGUGAUUUCGACAGAUCGAAAGAUAAUUAAUUAGAUAAUUAGCUAUAAAAUGUUAAUUUCAAACCAGCAAUAAUGUAAAUGAAAUUUAUAUAUUUAUUAUGAUAGUUUAUUGAAUCUUUACAAAUGAAUUAUUACAAUAAUUAUUGUG